UGGAGGUAAAAUAUGUAUUACAGGCAGCGGGAUCCAGAGUUUUCCGGCAGUUCCAGCUCCCUCUGCAGCUCCAGUUCCGAUCUAAGUCGUCUCAUAGCUGGAUCGCACUUCAGCCGAGUUCGACAAUAUAGACAUACUCGUCGAGACAAGCAAAAGCGCUUCAGGAAUGUCCACUAUAAGCUAGACGACCCGUAUGACUUCGAAGAGAUGGUGAGUUUAAAAAGUGUUAUUACUAAAUUGAAAAUGAAAACCUUUUGGACAUACCUAAGUACAUAUCUGGAUAGAUUUAUGGCUGCCUGGGAAAGUCCCACAAAUUACUCAAAGCCGUAA